CCUGGUGUUUGCUCUCGGGAGGGCAGCCUGAGAGAGGCUGAGGGGCGGUCAUGGGCAAGGGGACACUUUCUGAUGGUCGCCGGCUGUUUGCCUUCCAGGGGAGACUGAUCAACUUCGAGAAGAGGAGGAAGGAAUUCGAAGUGAUCGCCCAGAUCAAGCUGCUACAGUCAGCCUGUAACAACUACAGCAUCGUGCCCGAGGAGCACUUCGGGGCCUGGUUCCGGGCCAUGGAGCGGCUCAGCGAGGCGGAGAGCUACAGCCUGUCCUGUGAGCUGGAGCCGCCCUCCGAGUCGGCCAGCAACACGCUCAAGGCCAAGAAGAACGCGGCCAUCGUCAAGCGCUGGAGCGACCGCCAGGCCCCCAGCACGGAGCUCAGUACCAGCGGCAGCUCGCACUCCAAGUCCUGUGACCAGCUCAGGUGCGGCCCCUACCUCAGCAGCGGGGACCUUGCCGACGCCCUCAGCGUCCACUCCGCCGGCUCCUCAAGCUCCGACGUGGAGGAGAUCAACAUGAGCUUUGUCCCGGAGUCCCCCGAUGGUCAGGAAAAAAAGUUCUGGGAGUCGACCUCCCAGUCGUCCCCGGAGACGUCAGGCAUCAGCUCGGCCUCCAGCAGCACGUCCUCCUCCUCCGCCUGCACCACGCCCGUGGCCGCUGCGCGUGCGCACAAGCGCUCCGUGUCCGGGGGCUGCGGCUGCGGCGCCUCGCUGCCGCUCUACAACCAGCAGGUGGGCGACCGCUGCAUCAUCCGCGUCAGCCUGGACGUGGACAACGGCAACAUGUACAAGAGCAUCCUGGUAACCAGCCAAGAUAAGGCUCCGGCCGUGAUCCGCAAGGCCAUGGACAAACACAACCUGGACGAGGAUGAGCCGGACGACUACGAGCUGGUGCAGGUUAUUUCCGACGAUCGGAAGCUGAAGAUCCCUGACAACGCCAACGUGUUUUAUGCCAUGAACUCCACCGCCAACUAUGACUUUGUCCUAAAGAAAAGGACCUUCACAAAGGGGGCAAAGGUCAGGCACGGCGCCAGCUCAACUCUUCCUCGCAUGAAGCAGAAGGGACUCAAGAUUGCCAAGGGCAUCUUCUGAUUAGUCCCUAGUGCUGGCCGGCCACAGGACCGCUGUCAGGGGCUGGCUGGCUGGGUGACUAAGCACUUAGAGACUCCAGUGGCCCGGGCCAGGCAGGCGCCUUCUGCCUGACCUGCCAGCUCAGGCCACCCCCAGACUCCAGCUUCACCCUGAACCUUUCCUGCUGCCGGGAUUGACGCCUACUGUUUGCUAGGCUGACCUGGCCUCCCGUGGACCACUCGCUGCCUUAGGUGCCUUCUGCUCUCUCGAACCAGAGGACUAGCUGACUUUUGCCAAGGAGCACUGCCGAUGGGCAGGGAGCCCUGCAUGCUGCCGGGCUCUGCCCUCUGCGGGCUUCCCUCACACCUACUCAGGUGGGGGUCACUGCCAUCUGUGCCCACGGGCACCCCAGGGCACCCACUCAUCCACUGGGUCUGACCACUGCACUUCUCUCCUCGUGCCCACGGGCACCGGCCCGUGCCCUUCUCGGGUCCCGGGCCCUCUUUCCACCAUGCUAGCCUUUCCCAGGCUGCACCAAAGAUUCCACCGUCAGGGCCAAUAGAGCGAGGGAGUCUCACCCACCCCCACCCAACCCUCCCCCAGGAGAGGAGGAAGGGGACCCUUUUCACAGAUCACACUCUUCAGCCGGUGAGUGAGGACGGUCUCAGCCGAGUCCCAUUGCCAUGGACUCUCAUGACACUGCAAGUGCCAUUCACCACUGCGCCCUGGGCUUCACGAGACCACGCGAGACGGGGGUUAGUGGGAAAGGAGAAUUGGGGGAAAGGGGAGGGGUGUUGAAUAUUUGUAUAAAAGGCAAAAACAAAACAAAAAAAGUUUACCGGUUGGGGAGGGGCAAUAUUUAUUUGUUGUAAAUAGCAAAUGCUAGACUUGAAUAUUAUAUUAAAAUCCAGUUUCUACUAUA